AUGCUGGACUCGCACCGCCUCACUGCGGCCUUGGUUGCCAGCUUGACGCUCUUCCCUGGCUUGUCUGAUGCAUUCUGGCGUCUGCCUUGUCGUGGACGCAGCGGUGUUGCCCGCCUGGAUCCUAUUGUGGACCCCAAUUCGAUUUCGAACCAUGUGCAUGUCAUUCAUGGAUCCGGAAGCUUCGGUAUGAGUUCGGAUCAAAACUCUUUGCUGGAAUCCGACUGCACAUCCUGCGCUGUGACGCAGGACAAGUCCGCUUAUUGGACUCCCGCGCUCUACUUCAUGCACGCCAAUGGCAGUGCCGAGAUGGUGGAGCAAGUGGGUGGUAUGCUUGCAUACUACCUUCAGUACGGCGAGGAUAUCAAGGCUUUCCCGGACAACUUCCGUAUGCUGGCUGGUGACCCUUACCAACGCAACUUCACCUGGCCAGUGCCUGACCCCCCCAAAUCGUCCUGGUCUGGCGAUGCCAUCUCGCAGGCGGCUCUGCGCCAGAAAGCGCUCGGUUUCAACUGCUUGCACUACCAGUCUGACCCCGAGGCCUCCCUCGCGCGCCACUUUUUGCCCGACAAGAAAUUUCUCGAUGAGCACUGUACCGACGGUAUUCGUCUGGAGCUCUUGUUCCCUUCGUGCUGGAAUGGCGAAGAUGUCGAUUCUGACGAUCACCGAUCACACGUCGCAUACCCCAGCCUUGGCAACGGCGGUUUCUGUCCUGAGGGAUACGAGACUCGCCUGGCGACUCUGUUCUUCGAGACAAUCUGGAACACCUACGCUUUCAAGGACCAAGAUGGAUACUUUGCUCUGUCCAACGGCGACCCCACUGGAUAUGGAUACCAUGGUGACUUUAUGAACGGCUGGGAGAGUGGUGUGCUUCAAGAGGCCCUGGACACCUGUACCGACCCUUCCGGCGAGAUUGAGGCUUGCGGCGUCUUUAACAUCCAGAGUGACGCCGAUCAAAAUAAGUGUCAGAUUGACGUGCCCCACACCAUUGCCCAUGAAAGGGUCAUGAUGCACGACGACGGCAUUCCCGGCCCGAUGAAGAUCUCCUGGGGACCCGAAUAUGCCGCGAUGCACAAGAAUCCCUCGGCACCGCCUGCCUCCUUCUCCGCCACGCUGGAAGUCAGUCUUCCGACCAUUGCCGUCGAGCCUUCGGUCUCGCUCGGAGAGUCGAUCAAUGUUGGCAAUGUGCUGGGUCACGCCGACGCCAUCAAGACUGCCGCACCCGAGACCAGCACCGCUGCUGCUGCUGCCGAUGCUGCCGUGGUGACUUCUCUUUCUGUGCCCACCUCUUCACCCACGCCCACGCCCACGCCCACCUCCUCCGUCGUGGUGGACGCAUACCCCGAGAUGAUCAUCUAUGUCCAGCAGGAGAUCGUCGUCGUUCUUGGUGACAACGGUGUCCCGGUCACCACGACCAAGGGUGCCCUGCGCACGGUGUCUACCACCCUCACCACUGCCGUGGAGACGUCCACCGUGGUUUCAUACAUUGCCAAGAGAGAGGCUCGCCCGCCCACGCUGCAGGAGCCCGACAUCCAAGUCGAGGUCCUUCUGGGCAGUGCGCACAACCACCACCACAACCACGCCCACAAGGGACACGGUCACUAG